CUUUUCAGUUCAGUUCUGUUUCCGUUCGGUUCGGUUCGGUCUUCUUGCGUUUUCCAAGAUUUCCGCUUUUCUUUUCCUUUUUGUUGAAACUAUCUUGCAGUUUGUUUUAUUUUCCACCAUAGUAGUAGCACCACAACUUUCGGAUUUAAUUAGAGACCAAGAUCUGACUUUGUGCCUUCUACCGACUCCGCCGACGAUGACGACGCUGAUCCGGGGGAUUAUCGCGCGCCGGAACUGAACGAUGGAUCUGGCAGAUCAAAUCGAUGACUAUAUCUGUUCGUUCGAAGGACUUGGCGACUUAACAAUGGACUCCCUGGCCAUCUUCAUCUUCCUGUGGGCCGUGCUGGCCCUCUUCUCCGUCUGGCUGAUCAAGCUGCUCUACCACAAGUAUUUCAACAAGGGCAAGGCCCCCAGCGCCGCCAACAGCCGCCAGAGCAGCGUAGCCCCCGGCUCGGGCUCCCCCGCCUCCGGCUCCGGCAAGACCGAGAAGCGUCUCUCCGAGCCGCGCGAGUUUCUGGCCACCAAGAGCAAGGUGGUCGAGGAUCUGGCCAAGCCCCUGGCGGCCGGAUCGGCCGGUGGAGCCAGAGGUCGCUCCUCGGCCUCGCCGCUGAACUCCGCCGCCGGCGGUCCCCGUCGCCGGGUGGUGCGUCAGAGCUCCACGGGCCCGGAGAACCGCAAGAAGCGGUACGUCCCACCGCCCUCCAAUGUUGUGGGCCCCGAAACGAGCUCCGUCACCUGGACCAGCCAGGUGUUCCGCUGGCUGUACAGCGACCUGGUCAUCGUCAACGAACUGCUCAUGUCCUGGGUGAUUGCCAUCAACGACUCGCUGCGCAAAUCCGUGGAGAAGCAUGGGGUGGCCGUGGAAGUGGUCCGCGUCCUACCCGACAGCCCUGCUCCCGGACUGAACAACAUCUUCUGCAACUGCGAUGAGAACAAUCCCGCCGACAUGCUCAUCACCUUCGACUGCGACGCCAUGCCGGUGCUGCAGGUGAAGACUUUCCGGCAGAAGGCGGGCAAGGUGGAGACCUCCCACUACAAGGUCACUGUGUCGAGGUUCCGGGCCCGCAUGGCCAUUCCCAUGAACUACAACACCCUCAAGGGUGAGAUGCGCGUCGAGGGCUAUCCAGAUGUCCGCAUCGCGAUGAACAGCGUGGGCGCCAUCAAGCCGAUGGACCAGGACGAGCAGCAGCUGCAGACGGUGAUCAGCGACAUCCUGACGACGGCGCUGCGCGACACCGUCUACCCGGUGGACUUCUCCAUCUACUCCACCUGCCCCCGGGCGGACGUGGAGCCUCUGGAGCUGCCCGUAAUCUAUCCCGUCCACUAUGACUCGCUGGCGCACAACAUGGAGCACCUGAGCGGCGGCUUGAGGGACUCGCAGCGCAUGGUUUCCGGCCGCCGGCUGCUGGUGAAGAUCGUCAAGGGCGAGGGACUCCGGGACGCCCACGACCCCUACGUGGUCAUCGAAAUGGACGAGCCGGCCCAGAAGAACCAGACCGGCACCCAGCGAGGCAGCAAGCCCUUCUGGGACGAGCACUUUCUCUUUCAACUCUCCCCGCAGUCUGCCGAGAUUCUGUUCGAGGUCUAUGACCAUCCGGUGAUUGCCUCGGAUCCGCCCAAGUUCCUGGGUCUGGGUCUGGUGGGCAUCGACGAGCUGGCCGUAGGUCCCGCCUCCACGCAGCUCCUGCAGCUGCAGCCGCGUCCCUACGAGACCCAGCCCGUUUCGGGAGCCAUCACCGUGGACUUUGUGUUCAUCGAGGGAGCCGAGAUCCCGGCGGGCACGCGUCCUCAGCACCUGAAGGAGGCCCUGCGGAUCAGCACUCCUGCCAUCAACGAGCACAUCCGGAACGGAGCCGACCUGGCGGACGCAGCCGUGCGGGCCCUGCAAGACGGGGCGCUCUCCGGCACCGGAACCGGCGGACAGCCCAGCAAGAGCACCCUGAUCAUCCACAGCGUGCAGCGGAACUCGACCGGCCCGAAUGCAUUUAAGGUCGCACUGAACGAGGAGGGCAAGCUGGAGGUGACCCAGGCCCCCACCGAGCUGGACGAGGCGGUGGCCCAGGCCUUCGAGCGGGCCGCCAGCGAGGCCCAGGCCGAGCUCCAGCUCCAGGAGAAGCAGGCCGACCUGGAGGCGGCCGACACCAACGACUCAGGUAACAACACCGUCAACGAGGAGAGCACCGCCGAGUUCGGCCAGCCCAACGCCGCCUCCUCGCCCAACGGGAGCAGCUACCACAACAACUACAGCCUCAAUGGCAACGGGAACGGCAACGGCAACACGAACGGAUCCGGCUACAACAGCCUGCCCCGGAACGGGGGCGGAGGACUCUCCGCCUCCCAGCUGGCCCAACAGCACUCGUCCGGCUACAUGGACGGCAGCGACGUGGUCGACGACCGCGGACGCAGCAAAAAACGUAAUUUCUUUGGUACCCUGAAGAAGCGGCUCAGCCGCUCCAAGACACGCACCCUCUCGGCCGACCAACCGCCCAACAAUAACAGUCAUAAGUCACUAUCAGCCACCAACUCGUCAGCCACUGGACUCCCUCGAACAGCCACCGGAACCCUCAAUGGUGAAUCUUCCCGUUCAUUAUCUGUCGAUCGUGCCACUCUGUCCAAAAGCAAUUCACUUGGACCCCGCAUGGGCAUCGGGCACUCCAUCACCGACCACUCACGUCGCUCCUCAAUUUCAGAAUCCUCGGCCAUCUCAGGCUUCUCCUCGGCGAGCAACAAGACCUACGUCCACGAGGCCUCCACCCUGGUCCUGGAGACCAUCGAGAACGGCGUGAAGCGCCACUUCAUUGUGCCUUUGGCCAUCGCCCAGAGACCCCGCUGGAGGCGCAAGGGCACCAAGCUGCACAUCUACAACGACCACACCUUCAUCGCCAAGCAUUUGAGCGGAAGCGGCCUACAGUGCUCCAUCUGCAUGAAGUCGAUCCCGCGGAGGCCCGGAAAGCAGGGCUACGAAUGCCGCGACUGCCAGCUGAUCUGUCACAAGCAGUGUCACAUACGGGCGCCCCAGUCCUGUCCCAAUCCCACGGUGCUCUCCAUGGAACUGACCAAACUUAACUCAGCUGCGGCGGACCGCAGCAUCAGGAAGCUGUGAAGGGGAACCCCGGAUCGGCCCCCCCGGAGGCUCCCAACCGAAAACCUUAAUCGAAAUACUAAUCCUAGUUAGUUUAGACGGAGGAGGAGAAGCUGUGCGAGCUUUCUACGCUACUAUGGGAAUACUUGAUAUACCUUAUUUCGUUAUUUAUUUAUACACCAGCGAACACAACACCACAACCACGUGCAAUAAGUUCUUUGGUUUCGUUUUUAACCCAUUUCUCUGUGUCAACGCGCUCGAGGCCCUUGAUAUUUUGUAUUUUCUACAAAACACGAAUAAUAAUUGUACAAAAUGAAA